GACCAAAUGCAAGAGAAAUGCGACGUACGGGAAGAGGUGGAGCUGCAAAAAGCACCUCCAGGUCGAUGAACUGUCUAGGAUAUGAGGACCAGGCGAGGCAAGGACUUCUGCGUGUUUGCCGUCUUGCUCUAGCGCGCUGUUCACCGUGACGACGUUCUUUCUUGUCGCUCGCCUCGCUUCGCGAUGGCGAUGGCUAGGAGGUGCCGGGUUCUGGUGGGACGAUGGUGUCGCCGUAAUGUGCUACUUUCCUAUCCUCGCAAUGUUCAUCGUUGGACAGUUUUCGAUUCGGUAUGGAUUCGGUCGAGAUCUGUGGAUGGUCUCUAUUCCCGACUUCAAGAUGUGGAGCAAGAUGUUCUUUGUUCUACAGCCGUUGUACGUUUUCAACGCGUACUUCGCAAAAUUCUCCCUUCUACUACUCUACCUCCGCAUCUGGCCGGCGGCGGACUCUCGCAAUCACAAGUUUAGAUUGCUAUGCAAGGCUAUUGGCGUUUUCACCUUCCUGGCGGGCAUAUCCACUUUACUCGCCGUCAUCUUUGCGUGUCACCCCAUUACUGUUGCGAUGCGGAAGCCAAAUCGCGCUGGUGGAGCCUGCAUUGAUCGCAUAGGUCUCAACUACACCGUUGGAGGAAUCAAUAUCAUCCUAGAUAUCCUUGUCAUUGCGAUGCCAAUCCCACGGCUGCUCAAGCUCAAGAUUUCGACGAUACAGAAGCUAGGCGUUAUAUGUUGCUUCCUUGUUGGCUUCGCUGUGACGGGCUGCAGCAUAUAUCGGCUCACGCAUCUGCACCAGCUGACCACCAUCCGAAACGCGACGUGGGACUUUAUACAGCUUGCGCAGUGGAGUAUCAUUGAGGUGACAUGCCAAAUGAUCUCCAUCUGCAUGCCAGCGAUGGCUGGCUGCUUGAGGCGCACGUUCACGUUCGUCCGAGCAAAGUCUUCACUUGCGUCGUCUCGGGACAGGAUCAAUUCCUUUGAAAUGAUCACCGAGAAGACAAGUAAGGGCAGUGACUACAGCGAAGGCGAGUCCCGCGAUGUGGUGUCUCCUGCUCCGAUGAUGUACUCUGCGGACGAACAAGGCCGGAUUGUAAAGAGCACGCUUCGGCCCUACUUGUCCGCUGUGUGAAUAACACUGCCCGAUACGCCAGAUCACUGAAGAGCACUGCGAGCGCUCCCGUGGUGCGGGCACGAGGAAAUGACUGGCCAGAGCAGUAAUGUGGAUGUCGAUGUAUAUCAUGAAGUUAUGAAGGGAGUUUGUGCAGAGAUAUCCCAUGCAAAGC